AUGAAAUUUAAAUAUUCUCUAAUGGAUAUCGAACGACAAGAGGGCGGAGCCAGACGGGCAUCGUUGAAAUAUGUGCCGACGAAUACGAUGAAAGAGCGAGUUCUGGAAUUUUUGGAUUAUUAUUUUGGGCCGAUUAAAUUAUAUUUGUUCUCGUACCCGAUGCCCAAUGGGUUUUGGGAUAAUCGAAAGUGGAGAAUGAAAGCGAGUGGAGUCCAAGUAUUGCCACGUGUCGAAACGGAGCCAAUCGUCGAUCGACUCAUUCAUAUUGUACAGAAACGGCCGGCACGUUGA